UCAAGCGCGAGAGGACCGAGGCCCCGCAGACGAGAGUUAAAACCAGGCGGUCCCGGGCCGGAGGAGGCCGAGGCGAGCUGCUGGACGGGCGAGAGCCGAUGGGGGGCAGCAGACCACCGCGGCGGACUCACUCCGCCCGGGGCCAACGCGUCUCCGGAGGUGCACCCCCCCCCAACCUUACGUCUCUUUUGGUUUCGACCUGCCGACUGGGCGGGGCCGCGGGACGCCAUUCCCACAAUGCUCUGGGGCGUGCUGCCGCCGUCGCUGCCGCCUCCGCUACCGCUAGUGGAAGAAGAUGGCGGAAGGCGGAGCGGCGGAUUUAGACAUCCAGCGGUCUGACAUCGCGACGCUGCUCAAAACCUCGCUCCGGAAAGGGGACACCUGGUACCUAGUCGAUAGUCGCUGGUUCAAACAGUGGAAAAAAUAUGUUGGCUUUGACAGUUGGGACAAAUACCAGAUGGGAGAUCAAAAUGUAUAUCCUGGACCCAUUGAUAACUCUGGGCUUCUUAAAGAUGGUGAUGCCCAGUCACUUAAGGAGCAUCUUAUUGAUGAAUUGGAUUACAUACUGUUGCCAACUGAGGGCUGGAAUAAACUUGUCAGCUGGUACACAUUGAUGGAAGGUCAGGAACCAAUAGCACGGAAGGUGGUUGAACAGGGUAUGUUUGUAAAGCACUGCAAAGUAGAAGUAUAUCUCACAGAAUUGAAGCUCUGUGAAAAUGGAAACAUGAACAAUGUUGUAACUCGAAGAUUUAGCAAAGCUGACACAAUAGAUACAAUUGAAAAGGAAAUAAGAAAAAUCUUCAAUAUUCCAGAUGAAAAGGAGACCAGAUUGUGGAACAAAUACAUGAGUAAUACAUUUGAACCACUGAAUAAACCAGACAGCACCAUUCAGGAUGCUGGUUUAUACCAAGGACAGGUGUUAGUGAUAGAACAGAAGAAUGAAGACGGAACAUGGCCAAGGGGUCCUUCUACUCCUAAGUCCCCAGGUGCAUCCAAUUUUUCAACUUUACCAAAGAUCUCUCCUUCAUCUCUAUCAAAUAAUUAUAACAACAUCAACAACAGAAAUGUGAAAAACUCAAAUUAUUGUCUCCCAUCAUAUACUGCUUAUAAGAACUAUGAUUAUUCAGAACCUGGAAGAAACAAUGAACAGCCCGGCCUCUGUGGCCUAAGUAACUUGGGAAAUACGUGUUUCAUGAACUCAGCUAUUCAGUGUUUGAGCAAUACACCUCCACUUACUGAAUAUUUCCUGAAUGAUAAGUAUCAAGAAGAACUGAAUUUUGACAAUCCCUUAGGAAUGAGAGGUGAAAUAGCUAAAUCUUAUGCUGAAUUGAUCAAGCAAAUGUGGUCUGGAAAAUUUAGCUAUGUCACACCAAGAGCCUUUAAGACACAGGUAGGACGUUUUGCUCCUCAGUUCUCUGGAUACCAGCAACAAGACUGUCAAGAACUAUUAGCUUUCCUAUUAGAUGGACUACAUGAGGAUUUGAAUAGAAUUAGGAAAAAACCAUAUAUACAAUUGAAAGAUGCUGAUGGAAGACCAGAUAAGGUAGUUGCUGAAGAAGCCUGGGAAAACCAUUUAAAAAGAAAUGAUUCUAUCAUAGUAGAUAUAUUUCAUGGCCUUUUUAAAUCAACCUUAGUUUGUCCUGAAUGUGCUAAGAUUUCAGUAACAUUUGAUCCUUUUUGUUACUUGACACUUCCAUUGCCCAUGAAAAAGGAACGUACCUUGGAAGUUUAUUUAGUUAGAAUGGAUCCACUUACGAAACCUAUGCAGUACAAAGUGGUUGUCCCCAAAAUUGGAAACAUACUUGAUCUUUGUACAGCGUUGUCUGCUUUGUCAGGAGUACCUGCAGAUAAGAUGAUAGUUACUGAUAUAUACAAUCAUAGAUUUCACAGAAUAUUCGCAAUGGAUGAAAACCUUAGUAGUAUUAUGGAACGGGAUGAUAUUUAUGUGUUUGAGAUUAACAUCAAUAGAACAGAAGACACAGAGCAUGUGAUUAUUCCUGUUUGCCUGAGAGAAAAAUUUAGACACUCAAGUUACACCCACCAUACUGGUUCUUCACUUUUUGGUCAGCCUUUUCUUAUGGCUGUACCACGAAACAACACUGAAGAUAAACUCUAUAACCUUCUGCUUGUGAGAAUGUGCCGAUAUGUCAAAAUAUCUACUGACACUGAAGAAACCGAAGGAUCCCUACACUGCUGUAAGGACCAAAAUAUUAAUGGGAAUGGCCCAAAUGGCAUACAUGAAGAAGGCUCACCAAGUGAAAUGGAAACAGAUGAGCCAGAUGAUGAAUCCAGCCAGGAUCAAGAACUUCCCUCUGAGAAUGAAAACAGUCAGUCUGAAGAUUCAGUUGGAGGAGAUAAUGAUUCUGAAAAUGGAUUAUGUACUGAGGAAACUUGCAAAGGUCAACUCAUGGGACACAAAAAACGAUUGUUUACAUUCCAGUUCAACAACUUAGGCAAUACUGAUAUCAACUACAUCAAAGAUGAUACCAGGCAUAUAAGAUUUGAUGAUAGGCAGCUUAGGCUAGAUGAAAGAUCUUUUCUUGCUUUGGAUUGGGAUCCUGAUUUGAAAAAAAGAUAUUUUGAUGAAAAUGCUGCUGAGGAUUUUGAAAAACAUGAAAGUGUGGAAUACAAACCUCCUAAAAAACCCUUUGUGAAAUUAAAAGAUUGCAUUGAGCUUUUUACAACAAAAGAAAAGCUGGGUGCUGAAGAUCCCUGGUAUUGUCCAAAUUGUAAAGAACAUCAGCAAGCCACAAAGAAAUUAGAUUUAUGGUCCCUGCCUCCAGUACUUGUGGUACAUCUCAAGCGAUUUUCUUACAGUCGAUACAUGAGAGACAAGUUGGAUACCUUAGUUGAUUUUCCUAUCAAUGAUUUGGAUAUGUCGGAAUUCCUAAUUAAUCCAAAUGCAGGUCCUUGCCGCUAUAAUUUGAUUGCUGUUUCCAACCACUAUGGAGGGAUGGGAGGAGGACACUAUACUGCUUUCGCAAAAAAUAAAGAUGAUGGAAAAUGGUACUACUUUGAUGACAGUAGUGUCUCAACUGCAUCUGAAGACCAGAUUGUGUCCAAAGCAGCAUAUGUACUCUUCUACCAGAGGCAAGACACUUUCAGUGGAACUGGCUUUUUUCCUCUUGACCGAGAAACUAAAGGUGCUUCAGCUGCCACAGGCAUCCCAUUAGAAAGUGAUGAAGAUAGCAAUGAUAAUGACAAUGAUAUAGAAAACGAAAACUGUAUGCACACUAACUAAUGAAAGUCCUAGAAGCCAUAAAAGAGAGACUUUCCUGCUGGUGGUAUCAAAAUGAUGAAGUUACCCACCACAUUAAACAAAAGUCUGAGAUGGGGAGUUUCAGAUAACUGAAUGUAAAUCCUUUAUCAGAUUUUAACUUGUGCAGUACUUGAAGUGAAACACAAUGAAAACUUUAACAGAAAUUGUCUCUUAAUACAUUUACAGUCUUGUAUUUACAAGCUAAAUAUAUAUAGGAAAUCACAAAUAAAUCCCUUUUAAG